CCGAAGGAACGCAGAGUAGUUUUAUCUACGCUGAGGCGCGCUGAAGCUCAAUAUCCUAGUGCGCAGUUUGCCGAAGAAGUUUCUGCGCGUUAGUAGAGGCCCUUAUUUGAAUUAAAGAACGUCAUCGAUUUGUUUCCAGUUAUUUGAGAGUACAGUACGUUUUGUGCUAGCGACGUAGCCAGGUCACUUUUGUUGUAGACGUUUAAAGUCGAGUUUUGAUCAUGUUUGAGGCACGUCUAGUCCAGGGUUCAAUUCUGAAAAAGGUUUUGGAGGCGCUUAAGGACCUCAUCACCGAAGCUUGUUGGGAUGUCAGCUCGUCGGGGAUCUCGCUGCAAAGCAUGGACUCAUCCCAUGUCUCCCUGGUCCAGCUUACCCUGCGGAGUGAUGGUUUCGACUCCUACCGAUGUGACCGAAACCUCGCCAUGGGAGUUAACUUGAGCAGCAUGUCCAAGAUCCUAAAAUGUGCUGGUAAUGAAGAUAUCAUCACAAUGCGGGCGGAGGACAAUGCCGACACGCUGGCCCUGGUCUUUGAGACGCCCAACCAGGAGAAGGUGUCUGACUAUGAGAUGAAGCUCAUGGACCUGGAUGUCGAGCAGCUAGGUAUUCCCGAGCAGGAGUACAGCUGUGUGGUGAAGAUGCCGUCGGGCGAGUUCGCCCGUAUCUGCAGGGACCUGUCCCAGAUCGGAGAUGCAGUCAUGAUCUCAUGUGCCAAGGACGGCGUCAAGUUCUCUGCCUCCGGAGAGCUGGGCACGGGCAACAUCAAGCUCUCGCAGACCAGCAGUGUGGACAAAGAGGAGGAGGCGGUGACGAUUGAGAUGAACGAGCCUGUGCAGCUCAUCUUUGCCCUGAACUAUCUCAACUUCUUCACCAAGGCCACACCCCUCUCCAAGACCGUGGUCCUCAGCAUGUCUGCAGAUAUUCCCCUGGUGGUGGAGUACAAGAUCGCCGAUAUGGGCCAUGUAAAGUAUUACCUGGCACCCAAGAUUGAUGAGGAGGCCUCCUGAUUGGUAGACCACGGAGCAAUGGACCAAUGAGCUUGCUUGUGGGAGGGGCCAGUUUCCUAUGAAAAUUUCAUUUUGAAUAAAUCUGCUGCAUUAGGAAUAUUGUGCCAGGAACAACCAAUUUUAAGCAGAAGCAAGUUGCUCCAGCAAAUGUGUGUGUGUGUGGGGGGGGCUGAGUUCAUGAAAUAAGUGUAUUACAUUAAACAGUAAUUGCUCUAUUAUGUGGGGGGGCAGUGAACAGUAGU